CGCAAGGUGCGCGCGGGCGCCGAUAGCGGGCGGGGUUAGCCCGCUGUAGACGCACAUUCACAGGGCCAGUUGUUGGCUAUCGGAACUAUUCAAGAGACGCACACUUCAAAGGUUUCAUCUAUAGGACUAUCAAGUAUCUGUUUCGUUUUAGCGUUCCCCACGUCCUUUUCUUCCCUUCUUUUCUCUCUUUUUUUUUUUUGAGUUUAGUGUCUUAUCUUUCUUCGUUCUUCGCGUUUGCCUCAUCUUCGACUCGAUCCAAAACUUCUCUCCAUUGCCUGGCAGGAGGUCGUCUCUGAACGUGAGGUCCAUUUUUGUUUAGCUCUGUUCAAUCUGUAUCGGUGCUUGAGUGCCCACACAACGUGUGCUUUCAUCACGAACCUAUUGUUACACAGACAUGUGAGGGGGAAGAAACGAACGCCGUGCUAGUGACUCGAAGAUUUGAUCAGGAAGAAACAAAAAAAAAAAAAAACAAACAAAACAAACGGGAUCGGAAGAUUGAAUCUACUACAUCAUUGUUGUGCUGCGCCAAUCGGUCUGUUUCAUCGACGGAUAAACACCCCCUCAAAAAACGUGCAGUGGACAUUAUUUGGUGCUCCUCCCCAUUGAUUCCAGCAGUGAUCUCGAUUGGAUUUAUUCGUUGUUUGUCUUCUGUUGGACGUUUAAACAAAGUUACUGGUUGCGUCGUUUCCUGUUGAAUCCUUGUGUGGUCUUGCCAGCGCUGCAUUUGAUAUCGGCAAUCAAAAUCCGUUGGCAACCGCAGCGUUAAGAGCGAAGACAGGCGGAAAAUAAACUAAGACGGAUUGCACCCAUAACCUGCCAACAUGCUGACGAAAAUGGUCAACAUGAACAACAACCAGUUGGUGAGUCAGCAGCGAGAGAAUAAUGACACGACCGCAGCUGCCUCUUCAGUCCUCUACCACUACGCCCCGCCGUUGCCUUUGAAAUUGUUCACCGCGCCCCGCAGUCAUCAGUUGAGCCGACAGAGACCGCCACCGUCUACCGGACCUGAAGCGGAUAGCCAGUCGGGACCUUACAAAGCUGUUCCAGCGCCGAAGCCGCUAGCCAAUCCUCCUCCGUAUCGUCAACCGCCGCCGCCAGCUAAUUCAUCACCCGUGCUGGCCGCUGCACGGCCUCAUUUACAUCACAACGACCCGUCUGUUGUUACUUCAGCCGCUGCCUCAGCCGCUGCCAGCACUGCCGCCGCGUCCGAGUCGAAUCCAAAGAGCACCGGUCACGGACUCUUGGCGCACUCUUCCAAAUUUCCGAUUGAACGUGAACUUGUAGUCACUACUGGAGAUAAGAUUGCCGAGGUAGGACGCAUUGAACGCAUCGGACCCGAGUCUAAAACGUCGUCAGAGAACAAAAAUUCUGAGACAGAAUCCUCUAACAUGCAAACCAUAGUGACGCAGUCAGCCUGGAACGAGGAAAGACGCACGAUCACGCAGGGGCGAAACGGCGAAGUUAUUGCCGGAGCACCUCACCACGCUGGGCACCAUUACCCGGACGGAUACGAUCAUGUCUCUGGCUCCGAGGAAUUGCAUCGACCCGCCUCAUAUAUGCCAAUGCAUAUCCAUUAUACGGGAUGGCGCCAGGAGAACAACUACGUUCCUAUGAAUUUUGACGGCCGCAUUCAGCACCAACAGCAGCAGCACCAACAGCAGCAACAGCACCAACAGCACCAACAGCAUCAGCAACUGCACCAGCACCAGUCGCAACAAUCCUUCGGUCUGACCAGUAAUAACGCUACGGCCACCGGAUUGGGCGAUCAUUCUCUCAGUUUCGACUCGCAGCACACGGGAUCUACAAGUCUGCGCGACCCAUUCGCGCCCACUUCUCAUUCCAAUUCCUCCCAUAUGACUCAGUAUGAAAUUCAAGUCGACAGUGAGCGAGCUGAUAGGCCCAGCAAUGUCACGGUAGCACCAUGGAACAAUCAAGGCAGCGAUACGUCGACUUUCGACCGUCUUCGUGACACCUGCAACAAAAUGUUCUUAAGGGACGGUCACCUACGUGGAUCGUCUCAGUUUGCUCUAUCGCCCACGUUGCCUCGGGCAAUGGAACGACUGACCAUCGAUCAGAGAAACGGUGUGGAGCCUUGCACCGUGGCCAACCCUAAUAACGAGGCGUCGAUCGCUCACUCACACGUCCCAUCGGACAAGACGCAGAAAGAAGAAGUGGACACUACAGCCGGCAACAACAAGAAUGGUUCCAUGCGCAAGAAAUUGUCUGGCAAGACCUAUCACCACAUCAAAGACAUGUUCACCACCAAGUUUAACAAAUCGACCAAGAGUAAACUUAACGGUACAGAGAACAAUGCGGGUGCGGGCCAGGAUAAUACAAACAGCUCGGCUGCCAAUACGGCCGCCGCUGUGGCCGCCGCUGCAGCCGCCGCUGAAGCCAUUGUCACUGAACACGGAAUGGGGACGCAGCAGAACGGCACUUCCGGUCACCUUGGUAGACAGCCUGACCCAGUCCACUCAAUCAAUCAGCGCAUCAAGAGUCAACUGACUGGCCAAAGUAGCAGCAAUCACACCGUCAACAACAACAACCCACAACAGGUGUGGGGAAGCUACGGCCGCCAAUCAGCCAGAAUGGAAGCAUCCAUCAAUGAAAGCGAUGCCAGCGCAUUGGCUAAGCUGACGCUGAGUCCCACUCCUAAUGGUUCCGAAUCUCUCGCACCCACCCAAAGCCCUUACAGUUUACGACAUAAGCCAUCCGUCACGUUCCGCAUGGAUUUGAAUAACGAGUGUCAGUACAGUGGUGGAGACAAUUCAUCUUCUUCGGUGGCUGCUUCGGCUGUUGCCGGCACGGCCGAGCCGGCAUCUCGAUACCAAUCGAGGAGUGGUCAGGGCCAAGUGGUCCUUUACGACGACACAAUGCAUUUCCCGCAGCACCAACAGCCUACAAAAGAAGGACCAUCUAAAAGUUCGUACGCCGACCAUGACUCCUCACUAUCCAGCAUUGCAUCAGCCGGCCAAGGCAUGAAAAAUCGCUCUGUAUUCGGCUACAGCGACUAUGACGUGCCACAAAAAUCCGUUUCGCUCAGUUCACCCAUGAUGAAUGAAGGCGGUUCAUCGAGUGGCCAUCAGUCGGCCGGUAGCUCUUCCGACUUGGACAAGCGAAGUGGGCAAUCGGUGAGCACCACAGAUUCGGGCCUGGGUGUUUUAACCGAUCCUUCGGGUCAGCGCAGUCGCGUCAACUGCCAACAAAAUUACCAACUGGAUACGAGCACGGAAGCAGAGAUGUUCGGCGGACGGACAGGCCAGCUGAAUCAUUCUUCGUCAGACUGGGCUGACGCAGCCGAUCGUGAAGUGAACAAUGUGAUGGAGAUGAGAAGCUACCAGUCAAAGAACUCACAGCAAGGGCUCCAAUCAGCUACCCCACCUCUACCUCCCCUGUCGCCCGAUGUUUCUCCAAAACCGACACCCAAGUUGCAGCAAAAGUUCAAUAACAGUAAACCCGAUUUACUCGAACCCACCAAUGGCCACAGUCCGAUGGUGCAGCGCGUCAAACCUACAACACCGGCAAAGCCUAUGGCCAAUUCUCACCGCGCAAGCGCAGUUAUCGAAAGCCAAACAAAGCUUGGACAUCAUGCAAAACGGCGUGGUGAAGAAAGCAAGAGUUCUUUGGCAUCGAAAUCGUUUUCCUCCGCUAAACUAAGGAGCUCCAAAUCCACUGGAGCAUUACAUCCUCUAACGGCUCUACAAGAAGCUCUCGAUCUCGGAGACAUCACGUCCACCACAACAGGCCUCGACUUAGACGCCGAUUCAGACUCGAGCUCGUCGCACAGCGACGAUGAUCUGAGUACAACGAUGGACAUGAAUGAUUCCAGGACGAUCCGUCGUCAGUUAGAAGGACUGGAAUCCAUGUAUUCAGAGGUUUUGAAAGCCUUGCACAAGAAAUCAACUCGAUCAGGACCGUCCGACUAUAAACUGUCGAAACGAAGAAUGUAUGGGAGCGUUUCUUCUUUACCCAGCUCCGUCUGUAGCCGACCCGUUUAUCGUGAUCGCCGGAGGAACGAAGAACGCCGCCGUCCAAAAGAGUCCAAGUCUUCAAACAAAAGGUUCCAACGUUUGGAAUCACACGUUGUGACACUGGCUCGAAGUGUGGCCCAUCUCUCGUCUGAAAUGCGAACCCAACACAUAAUGAUCCAGGAAAUGGAGACCAUUCGAAGUGAAAUUGCCCAGUUGCGAACCAUUCCCAUGAGGAUGGGUUCGGGAAAUCCUUACAACACCGGAGCCAGUGUUAAAUUACCCAGAGGUUACCGAGUGGAUCGUGACACUUGCUGGCAAGGUGCCGUUCCUGCUCUAACAGAUCCUUCACGUGUAAAAAAGUUGACCAGCUUCUUCGGUGACGAGCCACCCCUCUUAAGGAUCUUCCUCAAGAAGUUAGGUUAUGAGAAAUACGCUCCGCUGUUUGACCAAGAAAAGAUUGGCAUGAUUGAAUUGCCCUACCUGACCGAAGAGCGGCUGCAUAAAAUGGGCAUCCCUAUGGGUCCCCGAAUUCGGAUUUUGCAGGAAGCACAACUUUCUAUCCGCUCCGACAGCAUGAACGAUUACGGGAUGGUUUAAAAGUGCAGAUAGAUUUCAAACUCGUUUAUUUUUCACUAUUGUUUUGUAUUUCGUGAAAAAAAAAUAAAUAAAUAAAAAAAAAAACAAAAAACAAAAAAAAAAAAAAAAACGAAAAAAAACAAACAAACAUACCAUGUAAUCUUCCGCUCUUGAAUUGCGAUUUACCGUUGACUGUAUCCAUUGGUCGUAUUGGUCUCUACAAAAAUCUCUAACUGCGUUUUUAUACACUUCUCACAUGCUUCUCAAAUAUCGAAUACAUUUUAUAUCAAAGUUGU